GCUGAUCACAGUUGUUGUGCGCAAAUAGGCUGUGAUGGUAGUAGAAUCUUAGUUACACAAAUAAAAUAUAAUAUUUGCAAUAAAAAUAUAGAUUAAAAAUAUAAUCUUAGAAAUGCCGACGAGUAAGAGCCUCAUACCAGCACGGGUUAAUCCCGAUUUGGAGAAGGAACGCAGGUCGCCCAGUUUCAGUGUUGAAGAAUUCCAGCACUGGUGGUAUGGUGGCGCAGAUAAAUUGAAAGAUAAGCGGGAAAUUGAAACCUACCUUUACAAGGAUCUUAGAGAUGGUCACCUACACGACUAUCUCUCACAUGAAGAUGUCUACCACUUGGCUGUAAAGGAUGUUACGGAGGCAGCUGUAAAACUACGUAAACUACAAGAAAUGCGCAAUCCGGGCGGCAAUGACAUUUGGCCCAAGCUGCUCUAUAGCUACGUCUCCUGGGCUAUGAUGCCCGCCAACCAUCCCUUUGCUACCCAUAUCACCAUGUUUGUCGAUGUGCUUUUCAAUCAAGGAACGCCGGAGCAAAUCGAAAAGUUCGCAAAGCCAGCCGCCAAUUGUAAUAUAAUCGGCACUUAUGCACAAACCGAACUGGCGCAUGGCACCAAUGUGCGCGGCAUUGAAACACGCGCCGAUUACGAUCGCAAAACCGAUGAAUUCGUCUUGAACACACCCAAUUUGCAGGCCUACAAAUGGUGGCCGGGAGGGUUGGGUCACACCGCCAACCAUGCCAUGGUGGUGGCACAACUCUACAUCGAUGGCAAACAUCAUGGCAUACAAAUGUUCAUAGUGCAGCUGCGCGACUUGGAGACGCAUAUGCCGUUGCCGGGUGUGGAUAUUGGUGAGGUUGGCAGGAAACUCGGCAUGGCCGCCGUGAAUCAAGGUUUUCUGGGCUUCAAGAACGUACGCAUACCGCGUACAAAUAUGCUAAUGCGCAAUGCGAAAGUCUUGCCGGAUGGCAGUUUCGUCGCCAGUCCUGUGUCAAGAUUAAACUAUAUGACUAUGGUGUAUACACGCUGUUUAAUUGUCGAUGUCUCCUCUAGUUCGCUGUUACAAGCGGCCACCAUAGCAACCCGUUAUUCGGCGGUGAGACGGCAAAGUCCGAUUAAUGCCAACGAGCCAGAACCGCAGAUCAUCGAUCAUGUGACGCAGCAGCAAAAACUCUUCUCAGAAAUAGCAAACGGCAUUGCUUAUCGCCUUUGCGUACACUAUAUGUGGGAGAUGUAUGAUCUGACGCAAAAAGAAAUAGCCAAUGGCGAUUAUAAGCGUAUGGCGGACAUGCAUAUCAUUUCGUGUGGUCUGAAAGUUCUCUCAAGUACCGACGGCUCUUUCGGUAUUGAACGUCUACGUUUGGCUUGUGGUGGUCAUGGCUAUUUGACCUCGACCAAUUUCAGUACUAUAUAUGGCAAUAUCGUUGCUGCAUACACUUAUGAGGGCGAAAAUACAGUGUUGUUGUUGCAAGUGGGUCGCUAUUUAGUUAAGACCUGGUUACAGUUGACACAAGGCAAGCAAAUGUCGCCGUUGGCUGCCUAUUUGGCCGAAAUGUAUGGCAAACGUGAAAUGCCAUCAUGGAAUGACAGUUUGGAGUAUAUGGUUAAGUUGUUGCAGUUUACGGCGACCAAUAAAACGCGUGUGGCUUUCGAGAAUCUUACCAAACGUGUGGCUGAAGGCCAAACACAGGAGGAGGCAGCCAACAACACGGGCAUUGAAUUGACGCAGGCAGCCGAACUUCACGCACGCCAAUUCGUAGCUUCAGUGUUUUUAGAUCAAAUUACUGGCACAAAAUCGGCAAAUCGUUCUAAAGCGCUCAAUUCCGUGUUAGAGAAUAUUUUGGAAUUAUAUUUGGUGCAAACUGUACAGCGUCACAUGCACGAUAUUCUCAGGUUCACAACAAUCAGCGAUGCCAAUCUGCGUUCGUUACAAAAACGUUUGGAAGCAUGUUUGAAGAAAUUACGUCCAGAUGCUGUGUGUAUUUGUGAUGGUUUCGAUUUCCAUGAUCGUGUAUUGAACUCAACUCUAGGUUGCUACGAUGGUAAUGUGUAUGAGCGUUUGAUGGAGGCGGCAAGGAAAAGUCCGCUUAAUCAAAAACCGGUGCCCGACUCUUUUGAGAAGAUUUUGAAACCAUUCUUGAAGUCAAAUUUGUAAUAUUUUUCAUGUAAUAUUUGUAAAUAAUUGUAUUUGGUCUGAACGAAUUUUUUGUGUGAUCUAUGUAAAUAAUAAAAUGGUGUACAGCUUCUGGGUCAAA